CUCACCGGCCCGGCCCAGGCUCCGCGUGGCAGCCGCGCGGGCCCCGCCGCCGCGAUGGUGAAGGAGCAGUUCAGGGAGACGGAUGUGGCCAAGAAAAUAAGCCACAUCUGUUUUGGCAUGAAAUCUCCAGAAGAGAUGCGUCAGCAAGCUCACAUUCAAGUGGUCAGCAAAAAUCUGUAUAGUCAGGACAACCAUCACUCUCCACUGCAGUAUGGAGUGCUGGACCAUCGCAUGGGAACCAGUGAAAAAGACCGUCCCUGUGAAACCUGUGGGAAAAGUCUGGCUGAUUGUUUAGGGCAUUAUGGAUACAUUGACUUAGAACUACCUUGUUUUCAUGUUGGGUACUUCAAAGCUGUGAUAGGCAUCUUGCAGAUGAUCUGUAAAACCUGUUGCCACAUCAUGCUGUCAGUGGAAGAAAAAAAGCAAUUUUUAGAUUACCUAAAACGACCUGGCCUGACAUAUCUUCAAAAGAGAGGGCUAAAAAAGAAAGUGUCUGAGAAGUGCCGGAAAAAAACCACUUGUCCUUACUGUGGGGCCUUUAAUGGAACUGUGAAGAAGUGUGGCUUGUUGAAAAUAAUACAUGAAAAGUACAAGACAAAUAAGAAAGUCGUAGAUCCAAUAGUAUCUACUUUUCUCCAGUCCUUCGAAACUGCCAUUGAAUAUAACAAAGAAGUAGAACCCUUACUGGGAAGAGCUCAGGAAAACUUGAAUCCUUUGGUAGUAUUGAACCUCUUUAAAAGAAUCCCAGUGGAAGACAUCCCUCUACUUCUGAUGAACCCACAAGCAGGUAAACCUUCAGAUCUGAUCCUCACACGACUCCUGGUGCCUCCGCUGUGCAUCAGACCCUCUGUUGUGAGCGAUUUGAAGUCUGGCACCAAUGAGGAUGAUUUGACAAUGAAGCUGACAGAGAUCAUUUUCCUCAAUGACGUAAUAAAAAAGCAUAGGAUAUCAGGAGCCAAAACACAGAUGAUUAUGGAGGACUGGGAUUUUCUUCAACUGCAGUGUGCCCUGUAUAUUAAUAGUGAGCUCUCUGGAAUACCCCUCAACAUGGCACCUAAAAAGUGGACCAGAGGUUUUGUUCAGAGACUUAAGGGAAAGCAAGGUCGGUUUAGAGGCAAUCUGUCUGGAAAGAGAGUGGAUUUUUCUGGCAGAACAGUCAUUUCACCUGAUCCUAACUUAAGAAUAGAUGAAGUAGCAGUGCCUAUUCAUGUUGCUAAAAUAUUGACAUUUCCUGAAAAGGUGAACAAAGCAAAUAUUAAUUUUAUGAGGAAACUUGUCUGUAAUGGUCCUGAUGUUCAUCCUGGAGCAAACUUCAUACAGCAAAGGCACACCCAGAUGAAAAGAUUUUUGAAAUAUGGGAACCGAGAGAAGAUGGCCCAGGAGCUGAAAUUUGGUGAUAUUGUGGAGCGACAUCUGAUAGAUGGCGACAUUGUCCUGUUCAACCGGCAGCCCUCUCUGCACAAGCUGAGCAUCAUGGCUCACAUUGCCAGAGUAAAGCCACAUAGGACAUUCAGGUUCAAUGAAUGUGUCUGUACACCGUACAAUGCAGACUUUGAUGGAGAUGAGAUGAACCUUCACCUUCCUCAGACAGAAGAAGCAAAAGCAGAAGCACUUGUUUUAAUGGGGACUAAAGCAAACUUGGUAACACCAAGAAAUGGAGAGCCUCUUAUUGCUGCUAUUCAAGAUUUCCUCACAGGUGCCUAUCUUCUAACACUGAAAGACACCUUUUUUGAUCGAGCCAAAGCCUGUCAAAUUAUUGCUUCUAUCCUGGUUGGCAAGGAUGAAAAGAUCAAAGUUCGUCUUCCACCCCCAGCAAUUCUGAAGCCUGUAACGCUCUGGACAGGAAAACAGGUUUUCAGCCUCAUUCUCAAACCCAGUGAUGAUUGUCCUGUAAAAGCCAACCUAAGAACAAAGGGCAAGCAGUAUUGUGGCAAAGGAGAGGACCUGUGUUACAAUGAUUCCUAUGUCACAAUUCAAAACAGCGAGUUAAUGAGCGGCAGUAUGGACAAAGGAACACUGGGCUCAGGAUCCAAGAACAACAUCUUCUACAUCUUGCUGAGAGACUGGGGCCAGGUGGAAGCUGCGGAUGCCAUGUCACGUCUGGCCAGACUUGCUCCAGUCUAUCUUUCUAAUCGUGGCUUUUCAAUUGGGAUUGGUGAUGUAACCCCUGGGCAGGGCCUGCUAAAAGCUAAGUAUGAGCUCCUGAAUGCUGGCUAUAAGAAGUGUGACGAGUAUAUUGAAGCUCUGAACACUGGCAAGCUGCAGCAGCAGCCUGGUUGUACUGCAGAAGAGACACUAGAGGCCUUAAUCCUUAAGGAACUAUCUGUUAUCAGAGAUCAUGCUGGCAGUGCCUGUCUUAGAGAACUGGACAAGAGCAACAGUCCCCUGAUCAUGGCUCUCUGUGGUUCUAAAGGCUCCUUCAUUAACAUAUCCCAGAUGAUUGCUUGUGUGGGGCAGCAGGCUAUCAGUGGGUCCCGUGUUCCUGAUGGGUUUGAGAACAGGUCCUUGCCUCACUUUGAGAAGCAUUCUAAGCUCCCUGCAGCAAAAGGCUUUGUUGCAAACAGCUUCUACUCUGGGUUGACUCCCACUGAAUUUUUUUUCCACACAAUGGCUGGUCGAGAAGGUCUGGUUGAUACAGCUGUAAAAACAGCUGAAACUGGGUAUAUGCAGAGACGUCUGGUGAAAUCCCUUGAAGAUCUUUGCUCACAGUAUGAUUUAACAGUAAGAAGUUCUACUGGUGACAUUAUACAGUUUAUUUAUGGAGGAGAUGGCUUGGAUCCUGCUGCUAUGGAAGGGAAGGAUGAACCACUGGAAUUCAAGCGAGUUCUAGACAAUAUCAGGGCUGUCUAUCCAUGCCGAAGUGAACCAGCCCUUAGCAAAAAUGAAUUGGUGUUAACAUCUGAGUCCAUCAUGAAGAAGAAUGAAUUUCUUUGCUGCCAAGAAAGUUUUCUGCAGGAAAUUAAAAAAUUCAUCAAAGGUGUUUCUGAGAAGAUUAAAAAAACUAGGGACAAGUAUGGAAUUAAUGACAAUGGCACAACAGAGCCAAGAGUUUUAUAUCAGUUGGAUAGGAUUACUCCAACACAACUAGAGAAGUUUCUAGAGACUUGUAGAGACAAAUACAUGAGGGCACAGAUGGAGCCUGGUUCUGCAGUAGGAGCUCUCUGUGCACAGAGUAUUGGUGAGCCUGGCACACAGAUGACUCUGAAGACUUUCCAUUUUGCUGGUGUUGCUUCAAUGAACAUUACUUUGGGUGUGCCAAGGAUCAAAGAAAUCAUUAAUGCUUCUAAGGCUAUUAGCACCCCUAUUAUAACAGCACAGUUGGACAAAGAUGAUGAUCCUGAUUUUGCCCGUCUGGUUAAAGGAAGAAUUGAGAAAACUUUGUUAGGAGAGAUUUCUGAAUAUAUUGAGGAAGUGUUUCUUCCAGAUGACUGUUUCAUCCUAGUGAAGCUGUCUUUAGAGCGCAUUAGACUACUGAGAUUAGAGGUGAAUGCAGAGACUGUGCGCUACUCGAUUUGCAUCUCUAAACUCAGAGUGAAGCCUGGGGAUGUUGCUGUCCAUGGAGAAGCAGUUGUGUGUGUGACCCCUCGUGAAAAUAGCAAGAGUUCCAUGUAUUAUGUAUUGCAGUCCCUCAAGGAAGAGCUACCUAAGGUUGUAGUGCAAGGCAUACCAGAGGUUUCCCGAUUUUCCCCAUAUCAAAGAUAUGGAAUAUCAAUAUGCUAUCAGAUAGUGGAGAAAACUCUGGGAAUUGAAGCUGCUCGAACUACUAUUAUCAAUGAGAUUCAAUAUACAAUGGUGAACCAUGGCAUGAGCAUUGACAGGAGACACGUUAUGUUAUUGUCUGAUCUAAUGACUUACAAGGGUGAAGUGCUGGGCAUUACCAGGUUUGGGCUGGCGAAAAUGAAGGAAAGUGUAUUGAUGCUGGCUUCUUUUGAAAAGACUGCAGACCAUCUCUUUGAUGCUGCCUACUUUGGACAGAAGGAUUCUGUUUGUGGUGUUUCUGAGUGCAUCAUCAUGGGAAUUCCAAUGAAUAUUGGAACAGGACUUUUUAAACUGUUACACAAAGCGGACAAAGACUCAACCCCUCCCAAGCGGCCUCUGAUAUUUGAUCAUAAUGAAUUUCAUAUUCCCAUUGUUACAUAGAACUUGGACAUAAAACAAGAUAACAAAACAAGAAAUAGUAAGCAAACGUAAUUUAAAUUAAAAGGAGUGUAUUAUCAGUUCUGUGUGUUUUAAUAGGAGCGAAUUGGUAGGUGAAAUAAUAUGAAAAGAAUUCCCCCAAUUGUUCACCACCUGUUGUUAGUACAGACCCUGAAAGGAGAGUGCACCAGAGAGUGGAAACAAAUUUCCAGUGGAUUUCACCUGAUAACAUUUUCUAUUUUGUGUGAUAAUUCUCACUUUUUCUGUUACAGUUAAUGGAUGGAAGCUGGUUUUAACUCAGUAUUUAUUACACGUGUAUUCAGAUUUUAUUAAAAAAUUAAAUUAAAGAAAAAUUGCAAGAGUUCUGUGAGUUUUCCCAGACUGCUCUUGGAAAUGUCUUCUCAACAGGAGCUGCAGAGCUCUGCAGCUGUUAAGAAAAGGAACUUCAGAAAGCUGGAACUAAGCCUGUGAUUAAUUCAUAGUGAAUUCAGGAGUGCUGUUCAAAGUGUUUGAAAUAUUUGCUCUUGGCUUCUGGUUGUUUUAAUUGGUUUUUCUUUAUCCCAAGUUAUUAUCCAGUAAAUUAUUUGCCUCCCUGGGAUUCUGUUUUGGGACCAUAUCUACAAGAAACUGUACAUUGUGGAUGCUGCUAAAUUCUGAGAAGAAUAUUGCAAAUUAUAGAUAGCUUUUUGUAUGACAGCAACUGUUGAACUGCUGGAAUCCGUAACUGACAGCAGUUGUAGUUUUGGGGAGGUUUUAUAGUUGAGCAGGAUCAUCUGAACAACCUAGUUUUAUUUUAUUAUAUAAAGUAGAAAUUGAAGGGAAUGCUGUUUUUAUGCAUUCCAUGAAAUAAUUUGGUAGCAGCUUUAGCUGUUGUCCAUUAAAGCAGUUUCCAGAAUGAAUAUAGAUCUCAAAUAAUUUCAGUGUAGUACAUUUCAAUUUACUGUGGUGCUGUGGAGGGAAAGUGUCUCAGUGUUUAGUUAGCAGUGUUUGGAUGUGUGCUCACGACAUGGUUGGAGAGAAAUGGAGUAGAGAAAAAAGCUGCAGUUGUGCCCUCAUGAAGUAGAAGCAGGCUGCUGAGUAUUCUAGCAUUUGAAGAUGAACAAGUUUGUGCUGCAGUUUGUCUUUAUGUCCACCAAAAGUGUAAGGCUGCAUUCAGAUGAAUCUAUUGGUUUAAGUCUUAAGGUGCCACUGUGUCUGUUUUUUAAUUCAUCCUCCAUGCAGACAACAUCUCAUGUCAAAUUCAACACAGCUAUUCUCAAAUUAUUUUGUAUUUUCAGUGUGAUGCUAAGAUUUAUGUAUGCCUAGAUUUUGGCAGGGUGAAGGUGGAGAAUCUAGUGCAUUUAUUAUCUGCUGUAAAAGCUACAUAUAUUUUGCUAUCUCUGUUUUAGCAAUAGAAAUUUCAGAAUAAAUUAAAGUUUUCUUUGUGAUCUCAGUGAGAUUACCACUUACUGAUUUGUCUAUUUGUUUUUCAAGAUGCACAUUUAACAUGGGUAGGGGCUUCAUGGAGAGAAAGCCCAUGAGCCUUUCCUGUGGUUAAGUACUAUGUUUUAUCAUGGGAAAUCCUACUGAUAGUGUUUGACAUUUUUGUGAAUAAAGAUUCUUCUCAUGGUC